UAGUUGUGCAUGGGAACUGAAAGCUAACAUGUGUCCACAAACUCCACACAGAUCUCAUAAUCUCCUCUCUACCACCUAUAAACCUUUCAAAACAGACAUCAGGCCUUCACACACACUCUUCUUUCUCUCUGAUAGAAACAAUUAUCAAGAAGGGAAACAACAGUAUUGGUAAGAAAACAAUGGCGGAUCGUUAUGGUAGCCAAGUCCAAGCACAGAGAGCAGGUGGCGGCGGCGGUGGUGGUGGUGGUGGUGGCGGCGGUGGUGGUGGUGGCGGUGUCAUGAGGAAACUGCAUGAGCAUGCGCCCAAUUCGACACAAUUGAUGGGAUUCUUAACGCUGGUGAUAUCAGGAGGGAUACUGCUUCUCCUGACGGGGCUGACGUUGACGGCGACGGUGGUGGGAUUGAUAUUCUUUGCGCCGUUGAUCGUGUUGGCGAGCCCGAUAUGGGUGCCGGUAGGGACGAUGUUGUUCAUAGGAUUGGCUGGGUUGUUGAGCGCGUGUGGGUUUGUGGUGGCGGUUGUGGCUGGUUUGUCGUGGAUAUACAACUACGUAAGAGGGCGCCACCCUCCUGGAUCUCAACGGGUAGAUUAUGCGAGGAGCAGGCUUGCUGAUACGGCUAACCAUGUCAAGGAUUAUGCUAGGGAGUAUGGUGGCUUCUUACACACUAGGGUCAAGGAUGCCGCUCCUGGCGCUUGAGCUUCCUCAAUCUCCCUUCUUCCUGCUCCUCCUAAUAAUUACUUUCUUCUUGUUUUCCUUUCUUCCUCCUCCUCAGCCUGUAAGAUCUUUUUUUCUCUCUUUUUGAAUGGUAAAUAAGCUUCCUCUUGGUGCAA